GGAGUCGGGUUACACCACUUGUGUCUGUGUUCACACAGCAUGUUCCUCUGUCAGGGAUUCCACAAAUAUCUCCCCGAGGUAAAAAAGGAAAGUGCGCUGCGCUCCCGCACCCAGAGCAGGGAGCCCCUUCCAGAGCCCGGGAGAAAACGCAGCAGCCCGGGGGCCAUGUCGCUGUCGCCCUGGCCUCUGGGUCCGCAGCCUCAGCAGUGACCUGCCGGCUCCCUUCAUGCCGUAGUGCCACGGCAUUGGGUUCCUGGGGUGAGGGGGCAGCUGGCAGGCACCUCCCCAUGGGUUGCCCACCAUGUCUAAUGGAUACCGCACUCUGUCCCAGCACCUCAAUGACCUGAAGAAGGAGAACUUCAGCCUCAAGCUGCGCAUCUACUUCCUGGAGGAGCGCAUGCAGCAGAAGUAUGAGGCCAGCCGGGAGGAUGUCUACAGGCGGAACAUCGAGCUGAAGGUUGAAGUGGAGAGCCUGAAACGAGAACUCCAGGACAAGAAACAGCAUCUGGAUAAAACAUGGACUGAUGUGGAGAAUCUCAACAGCCACAAUGAAGCUGAGCUUCGGCGCCAGUUUGAGGAGCAACAGCUGGAAACGGAGCAUGUUUACGAGGUCUUGGAGAAUAAGAUUCAGCUUCUGCAGGAGGAAUCCAGGCUAGCAAAGAAUGAAGCUGCCCGUAUGGCAGCUCUGGUGGAAGCAGAGAAAGAGUGUAACCUGGAGCUCUCAGAGAAACUGAAGGGAGUCACCAGAAACAGGGACGAUGUACCAGGAGACCAGGUCAAGCCCUACCAAUACACUGAGGCCCUGGCCCAGAGGGACAAGAGGAUUAAAGAACUGAGUCAGAGCCUGGCUGCCCAGGAGAGGCUUGUAGAACAGCUAUCUCGAGAGAAGCAACUGCUACACCUGUUGGAGGAACCAACAAGCAUGGAAGUGCAGCCCAUGACAAAAGAGUUGCUCCAAAACCAACUGAAUUCAAGUGAGACCCCUACAACUCAGCAGUCUGUAUCUGAAAUCCACUUGGCAGAACUCCAGGAAAAAAUGCAGCAAACAGAGGCCAACAACAAGAUUCUUCAAGAGAAACUUAAUGAAAUGACCUGUGAGCUGAAGUUUGCUCAGGAGUCGUCUCAGAAGCAAGAUGGCACAAUUCAGAACCUCAAGGAAACUCUGAAAAGCAGGGAAAGUGAGACUGAGGAGUUGUACCAGGUGAUUGAAGGUCAAAAUGACACAAUGUCAAAGCUCCGAGAAAUGCUGCACCAGAGCCAGCUGGGACAACUUCACAGUACAGAGGGGACUUCCCCAGCUCAGCAGCAGGUGGCUCUGCUUGAUCUUCAGAGUGCUUUAUUCUGCAGCCAGCUCGAAAUACAGAAGCUCCAGAGGAUGGUGCGUCAGAAAGAACGCCAGCUGGUCGACGCCAAACGACACAUGCAGUUUGCAAAGGCUGCAGCACAUGAGAGAGAACAGCAGAAAGAGGCUUCUUGGAGACAUAACCAGGAAUUGCGAAAAGCCUUGAAGCACCUACAAGAAGAAUUGCAGAAUAAGAACCAACAGCUUCGUACUCUGGAGGCUGAAAAAUACAAUGAGAUUCGAACCCAGGAACAAAACAUUCAGCAUCUAAACCAUAGUCUGAGUCAUAAAGAGCAGCUGCUUCAGGAAUUUCAGGAGCUCCUACAGUAUCGAGGUAACCCAGACAAAACCCUUGAAGCAAAUGAAACGUUGCUUGAAAAACUUCGGCAGCGAAUACAAGAUAGAGCUGUUGCUCUUGAGCGGACUAUAGAUGAAAAAUUCUCUGCUCUAGAAGAAAAGGAUAAAGAACUGCGUCAGCUUCACCUUGCUGUGAGAGAGCGAGAUCACGACUUAGAGAGACUGCGUGAAGUCCUUUCCUCCAAUGAAGCCACCAUACAAAGUAUGGAGAGUCUCCUGAGGGCCAAAGGUCUGGAAGUGGAACAGUUAUCUACUACCUGUCAAAACCUCCAGUGGCUGAAAGAAGAAAUGGAAGCCAAAUGUAGCCAUUGGCAGAAGGAACAAGAGAGUAUCAUUCAGCAGUUACAGACAUCUCUGCAUGACAGGAACAAAGAAGUGGAGGACCUUAGUGCAACAUUGCUCUGCAAACUUGGACCAGGGCAGAGUGAGAUAGCAGAGGAGCUGUGUCAGCGUCUACAGCGAAAGGAAAGGAUGUUGCAGGACCUUCUAAGUGAUCGAAACAAACAAGCUGUGGAACAUGAAAUGGAGAUUCAAGGCCUGCUUCAGUCUAUGAGUACCAGGGAGCAGGAAAGCCAAGCUGCUGCAGAGAAGAUGGUACAAGCCCUAAUGGAGAAAAAUUCAGAAUUAAAAGCCCUGCGUCAGUAUUUAGGAGGGAAGGACUUCAUGAUGUCGCAAACAUUUAUCUCUAACCAGCAAGCUGAAGUAACCUCCAUUUGCCCUUCUCGUGGAGAAAAGACUGAUCAAGGUUCAAUGCAGUUACCUUCCAGAGAUGGUAGCACUUCACUGACUACCAAAGAGGAUGUCAGCAUGCCCAGGUCCACAUUAGGAGACUUGGACACAGUUGCAGGUCUGGAAAAAGAACUGAGUAAUGCCAAAGAGGAACUUGAACUCAUGGCUAAGAAAGAACGAGAAAGUCAGAUGGAACUGUCUGCUCUGCAGUCCAUGGUGGCUGUGCAAGAGGAAGAAAUGCAGGUGCAGGCUGCAGAUUUGGAGUCCCUGACCAGGAACAUGCAGAUUAAAGAAGACCUCAUAAAGGACCUGCAAAUGCAACUAGUUGAUCCUGAAGACAUACCAGCUAUGGAACGCCUGACCCAAGAAGUCUUACUGCUUCGGGAAAAAAUUGCUUCAAUAGAAUCCCAGGGUCAAGAAAUUUCAGGAAACCGAAGACAACAGUUGCUGCUGAUGCUAGAAGGACUAGUAGAUGAACGCAGUCGGCUCAAUGAGGCCUUACAAGCAGAGAGACAGCUCUACAGCAGUCUGGUGAAGUUCCAUGCCCAUCCAGAGAGCUCUGAAAGAAACCGAACUCUGCAGGUGGAACUGGAAGGGGCCCAGGUGUUACGCAGUCGACUAGAAGAAGUUCUUGGAAGAAGCCUGGAGCGCUUAAGCAGGCUGGAGACCCUGGCUGCCAUUGGAGGUGCAGCUGCAGGGGAUGACACUGAAGAUGCAAGCACUGAGUUUACCGACAGCAUCGAGGAGGAGGCUGCACACCACAGCCACCCGCAAGUAAGUCAGUGUCAGGUUCUGGGGCACUCAGGGCGGAGGGCACAGAGCCCUUCUGGGGUCUGAUGGUCUCCAGCAGCCUUUGUGGACCUAGAAGGAGAAAAUUCCUUCGUAUGUAAACCCCUUCCCCGUCUUCUUCUGCCCUCCCUGAUUUUCCUGGCUGGCUUUCCAACCAGUGUCUUCACUCCACUUUGCUCACCAGUUCGCCCUUUGGUUAUUACUUCUAUUUCUUUCUUCCGCUUCCUGCUCCCUCCUACCCACCUUUGCCCUUAUUUAUCCUCUGUAGCUAUAGCUUCAGAAGAACUUUUUCCUUCCAAGACAAUGGACCCAUUCCCCCUGGGCUUUUGUAACUGAAACACUCCACAGAAGACAGGGAGUCAUCGAAGGGCGGCUUGGGGAGGUGGCAGGGCCUAGGACCUGCUUGGGCAGGAUGCUUUCUAAGAAACUCCAAGAGGACCAGAAUGCUUCCAAAGCAGGGAUCUUUCUCAGUGCAAUCUCAUUAUGCAAAGAAAAACUUGCGAAACCUGACAAACCACCCAGUUCAUGAUGACUCAGUGAUCAGCAGAUGAUGCUUCAACAGCAAGCCGCUGUCAAACCUCAGAACUUGGUACCUAAGGCUGAAACACUGUUUCUACCCACCAUCAGUGAAGGUGUAACCAGCAUGUUCUCAAGUCCAAGAGCGAACAUCCUGGACCUCAGAGAUUAAGUCACCAUAGUGAUCUCACAGCACUCACUGGAAUUCCUAUAUGUCUCCACUUUGCCCAGUGACAUUUAGCAGUCUCAUCUUCUAGAUGGACCAUGUCUGUGACUCUCUAAAUUGUUAAGGAGAAAGUGAAUCAUGGGUAGCUAUCCUUCUGCAAAAGCAGUUGGACUUUCCAGUGACAGCUGCCUCGGGGCUAUUAAGAAAACUGUAGGAGAAAUGAGGCCUUCUGGGCCUGCCUGUGAAUCUCUUGUAUCAGAAAAAGAGGAGGCAUCAAGUAAGCCAAUAGGAAGAGCCCAAGUGAUCAGUCCCCAAAUCUUUCAGGAUUUGUCACAGACUUUGGCUCUUGAGGGCAUGAGUAGCUGUCUGGGAUAUCUCAUGUCCUCAACUAUUUACCUUCUACUAAGAUUCCCUUUUUCCUGUUGCUACAGCCUACCCAACCUUCCCUUCUCCCUUGAGUUCUUGCAUGAGCUCCACUUCUGCUUUUGCAUGAACAGCUUCUCCUGAGUCCUCCUCACCGAUGGCUGUGACUUGAGUUGUAUGUGCCUCUGCUUCUCCAGGCCGAUCCCUCUUCCCCUGUCUCUCUGCUCUCACUGAAGGCCUUGGGGGAGAAAGAGGGACCUGUGGAAUGAACAAAUGUCCAUCUAAGACAAACAGACUGGGAUGUUGGCUGGUCACUGAUGCUUCUAAUGAUGUGGGGCAGGAUUAACUUAAAAAUAAGUGAACAGGAGGCACAGAUAUGAAGAAAGUCAUUUCCUGAUGGACAUGGUCCAAACUAUCCCUGAUAGUGCAGAUCCUGUGCUCUCUCAGUUGCAGGCAAAUUAGUUUGUAGUCAUUUCCUCAACCUUCUUUCCUGGAGCCUGGCAUGGAGAAUAUGACCAAACUGCGUUUUGGGAAGGUCAGUUCAACCUGGAAUGAGCUUUUACAUUGGGGUAUUUGUAUCUCUCUCCCAACGCUUGAUAUGUUAUUCAGUAUAGGAGAGACAAUAUAAUUAUGAGUUAACAAACCUUUGGAUCAGGGCUUAACUCAUGAUAGACAAAGUGUAUGCCUGUUGGAUGAAGACUCUCUUGGGUAAGCACCAUUUUUCCUUCUAUCACCCUUCCUUGAAAAUCAGUCUUCAGUUUGGGUAGGAAGAAACUUGGUGUGUGAAAUCACUGUAAAUUUACUUUUUUUUGGAGUUUAAGGUUGUGAUUCUCCUGCUACCAAUUAAAUAAAGCUUGCUUUGUCAUAA